GGCUCAUAUCUGAGCCCUUGCAGCUGGAGCUUGCAUCGAAUGAUGUUUCACUCGUGAAAACACACGCUGACGCACGCACGCACACACGCGUGCACGCGCGCACAUUCACACAAAUCGACGCCGGCGCCGUGCACGGCUCCGUUCGGUUCACGUCGUCUGCCCACGCCAGGAGGCGAAGCUGAGAAAUGUUUCCGCCCGGGUGUUAUUUGCUGCUCUCCUGAUUGCUGGAUGCUUCUCAGUUGCCCCCCCUUCGCGUUGUUUUUCUUCUUUUCAUUGUUUUGUUCCCAUCUAGACGGUGAAGGUAUGCGACCAAAACGGCUGAGGACUGCCGGAGACACAGACUGAGCUCUUCACCCUUCGUACAUCUCGGACUAGAGUCCCUUCGGCUCCGUGAACGCAUCAUUUGCCACCGCGAUGUCCACCAGGAAAGGAUCCUUGACGCAAAAGUCAAAAAACGGGACGUCCAAAUAUGUGCUGGAGCGGUGCGCUUCUAUUAACGAGUAUUAUGAUAUUGCCUUCAAGGUGAUGCUGCUGGGAGAUUCAUCCGUGGGAAAGACGUGCAUCUUGCUGCGAUUUAAAGACGGGGCAUUUGUGGGAGGCAACUUUAUUGCCACCGUUGGAAUAGACUUUAGGAAUAAAGUGGUGGAUGUCGACAACCUGAAAGUCAAACUCCAGAUCUGGGAUACCGCCGGGCAGGAAAGAUUCCGAAGCGUGACACACGCCUACUACAGAGAUGCCCAAGCUUUACUGCUGCUUUACGAUAUCACCAGUAAGUCGUCAUUUGACAACAUCAGGGCUUGGCUAAAUGAAAUACACGAAUAUGCCCAGAAGGAUGUGGUCAUCAUGUUGCUGGGCAACAAGUCGGACAUGGCAGCAGAGAGGGUGGUUAAGAUGGAGGACGGAGAGAAACUGGCUAAGGAAUAUGGCGUGCCAUUUAUGGAGACCAGCGCAAAGACCGGUGUCAACGUGGAGCUGGCCUUUCUCGCUAUUGCAAAGGAGCUGAAGCACCGAACCACCGACCAGCCCCACGAGUCCAAGUUCAAGAUACACGACUACAUCGAGUCUGAGAAGCACAAGACCGGAUGUUGCACCCUUGUGUAGCUAAAGAUGACAUCGGGCCGGGAGACAGACAGACACACACACACACACACACACACACACACAGACUCACACAGAAAGGGAUCAAAAACGAGGGAGAGAGGGUGGAUAAGUAAAGCCAAUCCCGGCACUAAUCCUAAGAAGUGAGAGCCCCCUCCCCUUCUCCACUCAAGUGAACGACAGUGAAUCCGAUUGCCAUCCCUUAUUGAAAAUGUGAAUAUCAAUUUGUAGAAAUGUGCUGUGGUCUUUGUGGUGACAGUUGUGCUCAAACGAAAAAAGAAGAAAAAAAAAAAGCCAGGAUUUACAAAAGGAAAAGCUCCAGUGUAUGCAUCUGCAGGGACAAUGAGGAGUACACUUGCAGUGCGCGUGUGGUAAAGGUUUAUAUGAACAACCAAUAUGACUGUCGAUUGGGAAUAUCACGACUUUUUUUUCAUGUCACUUUGCAGAGGCUGUCAAGUGAAUCCUUUUUUUGGCCUUACAAUCUCCAUCUAAACUAAGUGUGCAUCCUCAGCAUCACAGUCAGACUGUAGCUACACAUCCAAGUGAAUAAAAUCAACAUUGGCGGGCACCCGCCCAUCGUGUGUGCGUUUGUGCCCGCAGAUCCGCUUCAGGGCCAAGCCAGGACUUCGUUCAAGUGAUUUGCUGCAGGAUCUUUCUACUGUUGCACCAUAGAUUAUUUCCCGCUCCGCUUAGCGACCUUCUUAUUUCACAAACACUCUGAAAUGUAAACGCGUGUCAUUUUUAUCUAUGGAUGUUGUUGUGGAGACUGUGCAGAAGCUGUGUUUGUUCCACGCGCUGUACUGUCCUGAUUUGUACAAUGUUCAUUUUCAAUGUUCGCUUGUCACAUUUGUCCCUUCUCUGAGGUGUCACAGUGAUCACAAAGUGCCAUGAAAAAGUGCUUUGUUAUCAUAUUAUAUGUAUAUAUAUAUAAAAAGUAUAUUUUGUAACGUA